AUGAAGUGCAACGCUGGUACGAGGACGUGUGCGACUCUGGGCACCCGCAUAGCGGUGUUUGUGUGCCCACCCCCGUCGGCAGCGGCCAACGGGCCGUCGACAGUAGUGGAGAGGCCGUCAGUUAUAAUGCACACGAGCAUGCUGACACCCCGGUCCGUGGAGGAGCGUCUACCAGUGGUCCCGGCGUCAAGAUCGUUUUCCGGUCAGUCGCUUCCUGGGGCACUUCUCCCCUCUGUGUCUGUGUCGGCGCCUCUCUCGGCACCUGGGUCUACGUCAAGAGCGGGUCCGAGUGCUGUGCCUCGACUUGUCUGGGCGCCUGGGUCUGUCCCAGGGGCGGGUCCAGGUGCUCUCCCUCGUCUUGUCUGGGCGUCGGGUGCUGUCUCGGGACCGCACCCAGGACAUGCUCCGGGUGGUGUGGCGCCACCGAGGAGGACGGACGGGUUGGUGAGGCAGCUGUCUCGUACGAUGGCGUCAGUGUCGGUGGCGGAACGGGCCAAGACUCCGGCCCCGGCCCAGGCCUCACUCCCGGCCCCGGUCCCGAUUUCGGCCUCUGGACCGGGUUCGGCCUCUGGACCGGGUUCGGGCAGUUUGGUUGCGCGCGUGUUGAUGGGUUGUAUGCAGGCGGAGAGCUCGCGCGGACGGAGUCUGAGUGAGGAGACGGAGGCGAAAGUGGUGCGUAUGGCGGCUCGGGCGGCAGUGAAGGGCGUGGCGAAAAGACGGAAGCUGGUUGUGGACUUUCAUAGUUGCGAGUGGCGUCUGUUUAAAUUAGCGACGUUGAUGCGCGAACGGUUGUGUACUGAGCGGGAUGGGAGGCAAUUGGGGCUGGAGUUUGGGCAGUUGGUGGAGAAGGUAGAACGAGUGGCACCGCCCCGGCCGCCGGGGGUCUCGGCGACCUGGUUCCUGGCCUGCGCGUUUGAGGUGUUGCCUUCCAUGCGCUGGCUUUCGCAGUGGCUGCCGAAGCUGCGCGAAACGGGCUGCGUCGGCUGGGACAGCCGCGCCCGGCUCUGCGCCGGCGCCGGCGCUGCGCUGGAGCUCCAGCGGCUGCCCGAGGGGCCAGAGGCCCGGGAACUCGUCAUCUUGCUCGCGCGCUCAGAAUGUGAGCUCUGCCGCACACUUGUGCGCGAACCCCACUGGGGCGACGAACGCGCCCUACCGCGAUUCAGCAGCUCCGUCGAGCUCCUCCGACGCAUCCUCGGCGACGAAGGCUGCGAACGCGCCGCUGCCGCACUCGUCCACAACACCCGUCCGCCACCAGAAUUAUUUCUCACCACCGACGAGUUCCUUGCCGACCUCCUCCUCACCGCCCAGUUAACGCCCACCUGGCGCCCAAAGGUCUGCCACCAAGAGCACCACGGGUUGCUGGACCACUACGAGCUGGAUCAGCGAGAGCAAGGGCGGCAAGGAAUACAAGACCAAGAGCCGGAGCCUGACCCCGACGAGCCAGAUCCGGAGCCGGAGCCCCGAAAAACAGUCUGCUCUGUAGCGCCGGAGUCGGACGGGAAGACAGUUGGCUCACCCACGGAGGCGCGAUCGGCGGCGGAAUAUUUUGCGGCAGUGUUGGCCGAGCAGUUUGCGGCGGAGCGUCUCGCGCGUGCGGCGGAUCCGUCAUGGGUAGCGAGAGAGAAGGCGGUGCCGGAUGGGUGCAAGCGGGCGAUAGCGGAGUGCGUGGCGCAGGAGUUGGAGAAGCGCCUGGAGCAGCUGCGUUCAGGACUCAGUACGCCGUGCGUGCCGAUGUUUCGAAUGUGCGGAUGGCGCUACCUGCAUCUGGCGGGAUUGCUACAGGAUAAAUUGGAUGCAGCAGAACUAGGGCGCUUGGUCGCACUUGCGGAGACGGUGGUCUCGCGCUCACCGGAGGAUUCGGUGCAGUGGUUCCUAGCUUGUCUGAUAUGCUCUUACCUGCACAGCGGGUGCCUCGAGUACCGACUCUCGCAGUGGGUACCGGUCUACGACGGGGAAACCUCCAAUGACCUCAGAGGUCGCCGCUUCGGUUUCUGGAACCAGACGGUUCUGGUGCACCGGGGCGUCAUCCCCGCCGGCUUCGGCCAACUGCCCGAGUCCAUUGAGUCGCGUCGGCUCCUCGCCUUCCUUGAACGCGGCGUACGUUGGCUGGGCCAAGGUACACGCCGCUUCGACCACACCGUGUCCCAGCGAUCUUCCUACUGGGCCGAACCUGCCCAAAUGUUCCGCCGGGUCCUUGGAGCACACUUCCACCCCUUCCUACAACUCUGCAGAGCCCAACUGAACGUCUCUGACAAGCUCCCGGACGUCUCCCUCUUGCAGGCACUGAUGCAACAGACACACAAAUCCGCCGUAGUCAGCUUCUGCCGCAACUGGCUCGUCGAAUCCACCCACCCCGGGCUCGAACCCAACCACGCCCAAACCAGCACGGAGCAGGUGGGAACCAGCGAAACCAAGCAUGGCGGCAAGAAAAGAACAAAGCUCGCGACCCAGCCCCCCAAACGCCCACGAACUAGGUCCGUCGUUCGAUCGGAGGCGGGUGGGAUCUGUCGUUGA